CACAUUGAUGAAUUGAUAAAUGUCAAAAAAGAAACGAAGAAAUUCAUUUAAAAACUAAUUAGAUUACGUCGAGAGGAACUGCUGAUGCAACCUGAAGCCGAGCGACAUCCCUGUAGUGCUCCAACAAGGAUCCAGUUUCUAUAUAAAUACGUCCGGCUGUUGAUUUGAUCGUCCGUUGACGAUUUCUUCUUGGUCAGAGUUGUUCGACAUCGGUAGCAAGCGGUAAUAAUCUGCGAGAUGGUUUCAAAGGCAAAUAAUGUCGGUUUGAUUGCUGCGUUUCGAAGCUUGGGAAACGUUGUAACAGGACCAAGUGCCGCCUUGUUUUACGGAGCAUGGGGAGUUUUACCGUUUAUUUCCAUCCCAAUUUAUAUGGGAAUGACUGGUAAAUACAUUCCACAGUUGAUUUAUGCUGAUUUGACCUAUGGUGGUGGCAUUGUCUCUUUCCUUGGAGCUGUGAGGUGGGGCUUUGCAAUCAACAAUUUUAAAGACAAAACCCUUAAACCAAGUUUCACAACUCUUGGAUGGGCUGUGACUCCUGUUAGCAUUGCUUGGCUAGCUCUUCUAACUUCUCAAACUAAUGGAAGCCUUAUGAUAAUUGGGACAUUUCUUGCCUGUAUUAUUCAAGAUGCUUACGCCACCGAAUAUCCUUCGUGGUAUAAAUCUUAUAGGUUGAUUUUUGCUUCUUCUGCUGUUCUUUCUCUGGGAGCAAAUCUAAUCAUGUAUAAUUCCAUAAUGAAUUAGUUUUCACUAGAGUUCACCUUGGUCAUGCAAUUGAUUUUAAAAUACUCAUAUUUAGAUUGAAACAUAUCCAUUUCAAUGAUUAGUGCCAAUGUAAUGCAUAACCCAUUCUUAUAGUGUGUAAAAAAAAUGAGCUUUGUGCAAAAUCCCUGUUACAUUUUAGCAGGUUUUUAUAAUACACAAUAAAUGACCAAA